UGUACCACAACCUUGUGCCAAACAAACGCACACAUAAAUACGUAUCAGCGAAUGUUGACGUCCUGCGAUUCGAAUCGUCAUUCGGCAUUUGGCUUUCAACGAGUUAAGUUGCGUUGUAGACAACAAACAAAAAAGUUAUUCAAUUGAUAAAUUCUGGGUGAAGAAGCGGCAAUAUGGCGGAUUACGAAGAAAUGUUGCGUAUUGAACAAGAAAUCGAGGCACUGCGAAUUGAGUACACGGGCAUUCGAUUCCAACGAUUUUGUGUUCGAAAAGAUAUGCGCAAUGCAGAAUCAAAGUUGCUGGAGCAACGUAUUGCCAAUGUCGAAUUGAAAGUAGAGCAAGACGCCCAUGCAAAUACCGUUGACAAAAUCAAAGAAACAGACAAAUGCCUCAAAAAGGUGUACAUGAAAUUGUUGGGUUCGGAAAUCACACCGAAAAUCACAAAAACAAUCGAUCAACUGCUGCGCUACAAACAGAAUGAUUUGGAUGAAAAAGAGAAGGUACACGAAUCACGAAUGGCUGAAUUGAAGGCUAUACAAAUGAGAAAUCCCACCAUGCGAGAGUGUAACGAACUUAAUAAAAACGUUGCGAAAUUGGAAAAGGAUUUGAUUGACAUCGACCAUAAGAUUAAUGCAAAAACACGGGAAUGGGAAAAUACCGAAAAAAUUAUGCAAGAAAUGAGCGAUUCAUACGAAAAGGAAAUCCAACAAUUGGAGGCGAAUUUGAAGAUUAAAGAAAACGAAAUUUUGGAAGCUCGCAAUCAUGAAAAUUUGGAGGUGCCCCGAGAACAGUCGGUAAUUGUUCAAGCUGAAGUAACGGCCGAACCAAUGAUCAGCGAUAAAAAGAAUGACAGUGACGAUGAAACAUUGGAAAAAUUCGAGGUCGAUGAAACAUUGGCGACACAUUAUAAUUUCGAUGACAGUUUCGUUGAAAAUGCUGAUGACACAUUGCUGGCAACUAAUUCCAAUUCAGAGUCAUCGGAAUCAGUUGAUCCACUUGUUGUCUACUUGCGUCAAGGUUUUGGUUUACGUCAGAAUGUUGUGAAACCGGGUUCAAGUCGCCGAACUAAUGAUCGAAAUUCUGAAUUGGGUUCAAGUGUAAAUGAUCAAGAUAAUCGAAGCGGUAUUCUGUCAGGUCAAGCAAAUGCUAAUGACGCCAACACAGAUGACACGACAUCGAAUUUUGUUGCACCAUCACCACCGGUAUAUAAACGGAAGGAACAUCCAUUUUCCAUUGAUAAGGUGCCAGCCAAAAAGCCACAUUACGAUGAAACUUAUCGUGCGAAUGAACAAAUGUCGCCGCAACGAAAAAGUCACCACAUGGAUCGACGUGUCCAAGAAAGUGGACGUCAUGUUCGUUUUGAUAUAAAUUCGGAGGAUAAUCUUUCAUUGUUGAUGCCGCCAACUUCAACAGACAGUGAUCGUCUUCAAACUGACAAAGAUCGAAAAACGUCAGCCCAAAAGCUAGGCAGUGUGGGACAACGAGUUCAUGUCAAUGAUGUUGUAUCGAUAAAUUCUGAAUACGGUCGAGACGUAAACAAAUCAACAGGCACAGGUGGUCAUUCAUAUCAGCAUAUUGGCAGCGGCGAUAUUGAAAGUCCCAGUCAACGAUAUAGCAUGCUUUUUAAGAUAGCAAGACCAAAACCAAUUGCCCAGGUGCAAAGUCCGUCAAUUCGUUCCGGCGAAGGUUCAUCGAAAUCACCCGGUACGUCUCGCGACAACAAGAACCAAUCUGGAUCAGGUCGUGCAACACAAUACGAUGGCGAUCAUUCUAUGACAUAUCAGCCAAAUGUUGGUGGCAGCGCUCGUCCAAAAUCUGAUGCGGUAUUCAAGACACCGGCCCCAAAGCCAAUCUCCCAGGCACAAAGUCCAUCAAUUCGUCCCAGUGAACGUGCAUCGAAAUCGCUCGAUACUUCUCGCGACAACAACAACCAAUCUGGAUCAGGUCGUGCAACACAUUACGAUGAUGAUCAUUCUCUGCCAUAUCAGUCAAAUGUUGGUGGCAGCGCUCGUCCAAAAUCUGAUGCGGUCUUCAAGACACCGGCAGCAAAGAUAAUCUCUCAGGUGCAAAGUCCUUCAAUUCGUCCCGGCGAAUGUUCAUCGAAAUCGACCGAUACGUCUCGCGACAACAAGAACCAAUCUGGAUCAUGUCAUGCAACACAUUACGAUUAUGAUCAUUCUCUGUUAUAUAAGCCCAAUUUUGAUGACAGCGCUCGUCCAAAAUCUGAUGCGGUCUUCAAGACACCGGCAGCAAAGACAAUCUCUCAGGCACCAAGUGCGGAAAUUCGUCCCGGUGAAGGUGCAUCAAACAACACAUCUGACAACGAAAAAUCUGGAUCAAAUGGUCGUCCAAUCAAACAAGGUGAACGCCGCAAUUCGAUAGAUUUUGAGAGUGAUGAUGAUGACAAUAGUUCAUUCUUUGACCAUUCAUUUGCGUUCCUUUCUUCGAAACAAAGUGAUGAUUCUGGUCGAUCUGACGAAGCAAAUCAAAGCGGCAUCAGUGAUGCUUUAGAUGAAGAGAUGAAUUUUGACGAAUUUUCGUACCAUGACGAUGAACCAUCUGGAUCAAAACAGUCAAAAUCUGGUCGAACUUCUGUUCAAGAUUUCAAGAUCGAUUUCGAUGAGAAUGAGGAUUAUGCCGGUUUUGAAUAGAAUCGACCAUACGGAUCAUCUCAUCAAAUGCCUUUGCCGCUCAUUCUUAUUCUCGUCUUUAAAAAUAGACUUGAACUAAGACAUUUUUUUCAACAAACAACAUUUUCCAUUUCAUCAUUUCAUUUUUUUUCUUUCAAAUUUGUUUCAAUGAUCAUUUAAAUCAAAAAAUUGUUCCUUAGAAGGGCGCCAUACAAUUGA